AUGGUUUUUUUUAAAACUAUAGUCUGCCAGACGGACUGCGGAAACCUGCACCUCUGCAAGCUCAACCUGCUGGGCCGGUGCCACUAUACGCACUCGGAUCGACAUUUGUGCAAAUAUUCUCACGAUGUUCUCUCAGAAGAGAACUUCAUAGUCCUGAAACGCCAUCAGAUCUCUGGACUGAACAAAGAAGAAUUAGCAGUACUUCUCGUCCAAAGUGACCCUUUUUUUAUGCCUGAGAUAUGCAAAACUUAUAAGGGAGAAGGUCGAAAGCAGAUUUGUGGCCAUCAGCCCAUGUGCGAAAGACUCCACAUCUGUGAACACUUCACCCGAGGGAACUGUGGUUUUACCAACUGCCUCCGGUCUCAUAACCUAAUGGACAGAAAGGUGCUGGAGAUGAUGCGGGAGCACGGACUGAGCCGCGACGUGGUGCAGAACAUCCAGGACAUCUGCAACAGCAAGCACAACCGGAGAAGGCCCGGGUUGAGAGGUCCUUCACGUAACCGGGACCCAGCAGCGAGAGGUAGAAGCAAGAGUAGAGAUCGGUUCUUUCUGGCCAGUCAGGAGUUCCUUCCAUCCGCCCCAGCUUCAACUGAGAGACCCAGCACACCCAGUGCAGAUCAGAUCGGCCGCAGGUCUCCUGGGGAUGAUGUGCCUGUAGAGGAUCUCACCUGCAAGUUCAAGCGUUUGGGAAGUCAAGAUGGCCCUCAGCCUUCCUCAGCCUCACCCAAGGCCACCAGUCUGGGAGGAAGCAGACCAGUGGGAGGAACCCAGAGGUUUUCAGAGAAUGGCCAUCUAGAGGACCUCUUCUAUGACAGUACAGCCAGCAGUCACCUCGCUUCUGAUUUGACACCCACUUUCAACCAGAAGGUGCCCACAUCCUGGCCGAGUGACCAAGCCACCAGUAGAGAGAAUUUGUUUUCUCCGAGUCAGGCUGCCUCAUAUUCUCCUCUUGGUUCUCUGCAAACACCUGACACCGUGACCACCAGAAAAGGUGUGGGCAUGCUGUCCCCGGGCCACGUGAAUAUCGAGGGCAGAAGCGGGAAUCCAGAAGCCCAGCAUUUCCCACUUUCUAAUAAUAAUUUGGAUGGGAUGGCCACAGAUACCACGUCCACGAGAUCUUUAAAUUACAAAACCGCAACCAGUAGGCAGAGAGAAAAUUCAUUACCUAGGAAUCAGGAAAUCAGAACCACUCACCCUACUCUGGACCCCAUCAUUGUAGAUGACGGUAAACACAGGGAGCAGGUAUUUUUCCACAACACAGCAAAUGGCUCGACGAAAGUUACAUUUGAAUCUACUGAUGCCACUGAUUUUGACUUAACAUCGGCAGUUAGAGCCAGGGUAGAUAAAGAUGUGUUAGGCUCUGCAAGUCAGAAUCUGAGACCCCAGGCCCUGCGCACACUGGGGGAGACCACUGCCCACACCUUAGUGAGCACUGUGCCCAAAGUACCACCUUCGACGCCUUCCUCAAACAAUAGAGCUACAGCCGCUGCGGCCCAUGUUCAGAACUCUGCUCAAAUGCCUGUCACCUCUGCCAGCGAGCUUGCCAGGAGGACACCCGGCCGUGCGCUGAAUUCUGUAUCCAACGUCACGAAUACCAUGGAUGAUCCUGGUUCAAAGGAAAUUUGUCUUGACCAUCUGAAUAACAGUUGUCUAUAUAAAGACUGCAACAAGGUUCAUUUCCGCCUGCCUUACCGGUGGCAGGUGAUGAAUGCCAACACCUGGGUGGACCUCCAGCCCAUGGAGAGUAUUGAGAAGGCCUAUUGUGACCCCCAAAUCUGCAUCAUUCCUUUCGGAAAUUUAAAAAUCAAUUUCCAGAAAAUGACUUGUGGUUCUGAUCCCAUCCGACGCAUCUCCACGCCGUCGUCCGUCACACUGCCGGAUAAUUCUGUCUUCACCACUAAAUGGAUUUGGUAUUGGAAGACUAGAAGUCACAGAUGGGUUCCGUACGGGGAGAAGGGCGACAGUCGGCAAAUUUCGAGCAUCGAUUCCUCAUACCUGGAGUCUGUCUUCCUCUGCUCUCCGAGGGGCAUUGUGCCAUUUCAGGCGGGUUCUGAGAACUUCGAGUUGAGUUUCCAAGGGAUGAUGCAGACAAACAUCAUUUCCAAGACCCAAAAGGAAGUCGCCAGAAGACCAACAUUUGUGUCUGCCCGGGAAGUGGCGCAGAUGAAAAGUGGGCCAGACCAUCAGCCGGCACGGACCCGGCCAGAGCCUGGUAUCUCGGUAUUUCUUCCGGAGCAGAAGCUUCCCUUCCCGCCACUGAAUGGAUAUGAGUUGUCAGAGAUCAAUAGCUAUGGCUCGGAAUAUGCCAGAGUAAGUGGGUGUUUUAGAGCGACGAUGAAACACGUCAAGAUUGAGAAGAUCAAGAAGCUCAAGAAUCCACAGCUCUUGGAUACUUUUCAAAGGAAAAAAAUGGAGAUGAAGGUCACCGAAAAGUACCUAUUUUGUGCCACACACCGCGCUCACGUAGAUUCUAUCUGUGCGAAUAAUUUCGACUGGACCUUGCAUGGGACUCCUGAAGGCACCUAUGGAAAAGGAAACUACUUUACAAAAGAUGCCAUUACUGCCCAUAAAAACUUCCAGUCUGAUCCCAAAAACAUCGUUAUGUUUUUUGCCCGAGUCCUGGUCAGAGAUGUUAUUGAAGGAAAGAGGAGUUACACAAGCCCUCCUCCACCGUACGACAGCUGUGUGGAUUCAAGGUUGAAUCCUUCCAUUUUUGUCAUCUUUCAGAAAAAUCAGAUUUACCCAGAAUAUGUGAUUGAAUAUACCGAAGCAGAUAAAGCCUGCGUGAUUAGUUAGAAAUGAUGAGGACACCAUCACCAAGGACGCCAUAGCCAUUCCAUCCACUUAUAAAACCCGAUUGUCGCCGAUAACUGUUAAACUUUUUUACAUUUUCUCGAUUACUUAUCAAAUGCCUUAGGUCAGUGGUUCCCAAACUUUGUUGCACAUGUGAAUCAUCUGGAAACACAAACAUAACAAACAAAAAUCCCAGUGUUCAGAAUGCAUCCCCUUCCAACUAAAUCACUGUUUCUGCGGCCGAGAGCCAGGCAGCCGUGUGUGUCGUAAACUUUGGGAACCACUACCUUAGACGUAACUGUAAAGAACGAUUUCUAAUACUACUGUGAUUGCAGCAACUACUGCCUCUCCCAGAUACUCUUACAGUUUUACUGUAUGGCACGGUUUUGCUUUGGUUAAAUUGAAAAAAAACUUAAUUUGGGAACUUUGAGAGAAAUCUAAAAAUGCCUAUUGAAAUAAGCACAUAAGACAGUACAGCCUUGGAUAAUGAUUGUGAAAAGUUGGGGGAGGGGUAAAGGUAAUUUAAAUGCCAUUACAGACACAGCCUGCAUACCGUACCAUUGCAGUGAAACUGAUGUGGGGCAUACAUUUCGUUAUCUCUACGUUUAUUUAGAGGGCCCCAUCCAGGUCGACUCUGGAAUUCAUAAAAAAGAGUUGCCGAGUGUGGCUCAGAGAGAAGUACCAACUCGAGUUAAGGGCCCGUUUGAGCUCUUAAUAUCAUUAUGUCAAAGUAGACACUUAGGUUCUGAUCAAUAUGAUUCCAGAGAAGGCUUUUCUCAGGUUGGACUUUCAUGAGGUGUGUGUAUUUUGGGCGCACUGGGGCGCAGUCACCCGAGUCACACAGGCAUGACUGAUAAACUGGAGGGCUCCUAUAGUCGUUCGCUGUGGCAGAUGAGGCUCACCGAGGAAGUAGGAGCGGGGCCCUCCUGGUGCAGGAUGGGCCCCCUAAGGAGACAGGAUUUGUUUCCUGGUGAGCACAGAAUCAGAACUAAUAGGAUAAUGCCUCAGACAGGCUUUGCACCUGCAAGAGGCUUUUAUUUUUUUCCCUAAUGUAACGAAAUGUAUGGAAUUGUAGUGCAGUCAGUUUUUAGAGCAAUUAAGCUGCCUGGACCAAGUUCCUUAUUAUGAGUCAGGUUUUUCCUUUCAAUUUUCCUUUUCAAACAUUCCAUCCCAAUCUCCAAACAUUCCUUAUAGUUCCUUCCAGCAGACAUGUUAUAAAAACUAAUUAGCAUUUGAGGUUUUAUAUGUCAGAUUUUUAAUCAGUGCACAGCCUGCUACAAUUCUUUGGCUUAAAGGAU